AUUCAUCAAAUAUUCUGUGAAAAUAAUUGUUUUGGCACUGAGUCAAAAUGGGAGGACCGAACAAGCCCUUGUCACGCACACAUCUUCUCCCCUAUCUAUUAUCGAACUCGUGUUGAAUCAAUCACAUACGAUAUUUAUAGAAACCCGAAUUGGGAGGUUCGAGGCAAAAAGACUCCGGCACACUUCCCGGAACCAUCAUUUUACUGGUAUUAUUCAAUAUAUCCAGCUUUCAUCGUUCGUUUCUUUUUCUUUUCUUCUUCGCGCAAUCAAUUCUUCACACUCGUCUUGGCACCUUUGUUUUUGUAUGUGAUAGUGGUCUAAAGGGCGUUUCUUGUUUGUGUUUUCUUUGGUGCUGUUGUGGGUUCUUAUUCAGGUAAAUCACAAAUUUGAUUCUUUUGUGUUGAAAAAGUAGCUGUUUUUUUGUUUCUGGGAAGAGGGUCGAGCUAACCUUUGGCUGUGAUUGCGAUUUUGAGCUAGUCAUGCGGGAUCGUUGAUGGGUUUUAUGUGAAUUUAGCUGCUUUCUUUUAUACUUUUUUUUUUUUUUGAGCUUGUCAUGCGGAAUCGUUGAUGGGUUUUAUGUGAUUUUUAUGCCCUUUUAUUCUGUAAAAAGAUUACGUUUUGAUUUCAUGGUCAGGGGAGGUGGGGAAGGUGAUUUGUAAGAGUUACUGAAAGGGGAAGAAUUUAAGGCUUUUUUUAGACUAGGAAAUAUAGCUCAUUCGACCUUUGCAGUCAACUGACAGAAGUUGAUGAUUGGAACUGAGCAAAUUAAGAAUAUUACUAAUCACAGCUUCUCUUUUGUGCUUUCAUUUUGGUUUGCGAGAAUUUACUUUUGAUGCAUCUAUGGUGUUUCUAAAUACUUGGUGGUGGUGGUGGUGGUGGUUCAUAAAUUUUGUUGCCAAAUAUGUUUUUAUGAACAUCAGUAGCCAGAGCCUUGAUUUAAAUUUGCAUUCUUGCCUAUAUACAGUAGUAGGGGAAUGGAGAGACUGACGUUGACCUUAAACUUGGGAGUAUUUGACUAGUAAUUUUGCUUUUGAAAUCUUUCUUAUGGAAGUUAAUCUACAAAUUUGAAGCUCUGCUCUUUAGUUUCUUUGGGGAAGCUGUGUAUAAAAUGAAGCUUGGUAGUUCAAGUGUGCAAACUUUUCCAUAGUUAAUGGAGUUCAGUAUCUGAUGUUCUCUAGCUGGAAAAUAAUGAAUUGAGCUUCAAGAUAUAAACAUUUGCGGAAAAGUUACCAUCAAGUACCAAGUCAUGUGAUGCAAAUGUAGUUUAAAGUUUCCUGUCUCUGUAUUCACUGCAAUUUGAUUUCCUCUUAUUGCUUAUAUGAUUUCUUUUCUGCUUAUCCUUGAUUGAUUUAUCUGAAUGGAAUUUUUGAAUCUUGAUUUCCCCUAAAAUUCUAGAAAUAUGAGCACGAGCACUCUAGACGUAGCCAGAGCAGAACUUGCUCUUGCAGUGCUGUAUUUGAACAAAGCAGAAGCCAGGGACAAAAUAUGCAGGGCAAUCCAAUAUGGUUCGAAAUUCUUGAGUAACGGAGAGCCUGGAACAGCACAAAAUGUUGACAAAUCAACCAGCUUGGCUCGAAAAGUUUUCCGUCUAUUUAAGUUUAUCAAUGAUUUGCAUGCACUUAUUAGCCCACCUGCCCCAGGCACUCCACUUCCAAUCGUUUUGUUAGGAAAGUCUAAAAAUGCACUUCUGUCAACUUUCUUGUUCCUCGACCAAAUUGUAUGGCUUGGCAGGACAGGCAUUUAUAAGAACAAAGAACGUACAGAGCUGAUUGGCAGGAUCUCUCUCUAUUGUUGGUUGAGCUCUUCAGUUUGCACCACUUUGGUUGAGCUAGGGGAGCUCGGGAGGCUUUCAGCAUCAAUGAAGAAGUUGGAGAAGGAACUCAAGAAUACUGAUAAAUAUAAGAAUGAGCAAUAUCGUACUAAACUUCAGAAGUCCAAUGACAGAUCCCUGGCACUCAUUAAAGCAGGGAUUGACAUAGUUGUUGCAGUUGGAUUGCUUCAAUUGGCGCCGAAGAAAGUUACUCCUCGUGUAACAGGGGCCUUUGGAUUUGCCAGCUCGCUCAUAUCUUGUUAUCAGGUUUUCAACCACUCUUAGCACUAUUCACAUCAGUUAAUUAUGAAACUGGAUGCAUUGUUUUUGCUUCAUAUAAAAUUAAAGAAGCUGAUAUGAAAAAACUAAAUGCAUGUUUCUUAUCAAUAUCUCUCAAAGAUGACAUUAUUAUUGACGUAUUCGUUUGAGGAAGUAUUUUCUUCUUUUUUUUUUUGUUAAUCACUGAGCAUUGGUUCUGCUAUUUUUAGUAUCAGAAAAACUCUUUGGAUUCAGUUUGGUUUUGUGUUUCUUUGGAUUUCUCAUCUUAUCUCUUCAGGAAAUAAUUCAUGGAUAUGAUAUCUAGCACAGAAGCAUAGCUUUCAAGAUUUUUGCCCUUUCUGGGCACUUUCAUGUGUUAUACAUUAUUGAGAUACUCUAUUUUUAUCAUUGCAGUUGCUUCCUUCGCGUCCGAAGGCCAAGACUCCUUGAAAUUUUAGUCCUCAAUCCUCCGCAGUCUCAGUGGAAUAAAUACUUAUGUUUGGGAGAUGGAGCUUAGGCACGUUGCUAUAUGGUUGUAAACAAGCUGCCUGAAAUGACAUUAGCCUCCAUUUAUGAAAGCUGCUCUAAUAGUACUUCAUUUUGUUGUUGUCAUACACUUCUAUGCCGGUAGCAUCAUUGGUUUUUCUUAGAAGAUAACAUGGAAGCAACAAUGGCUUUUAUCAAAUUAAUGUUCUUGAAGUUUUCUACAUACUGUGUGCUUGUGGUUUUGUUAAUGUUGGUUCUGCGACUCCUGUUUGUACAUGUGCUCUGUAGAAGGAUAAGUCGAUAGGCGGGUGAACCCAUUUUUAGUCCAUUGGUUUAACCUGCUUCUCCAGAGUGUAUUAUGCAUUCCUUUGAAGGCAACUUUUGGGUGGGAAAAAGAAAAUCGAGAUGGUCCCUCGCGAGAUUGCAACCCUUUGGUCCUGUAUAUUGUGUGUUCGCAUUGGGCGUAAAGGGGCAUCAUGAUGACUUUUGAUGUCAUCCUUAACUUCCUCCGGCUUAUCGUGGAAUGUAUUGAAAAAUAAGGUUGCUUGAUUUCCUGGUGUUCUUGAAUGGAAAAACACUCUGCAUUGUAUUGUUUUUGGUCAGAAAUGCAUCCAUUAUUAUCAGGGAUCGGGGGAAGGAAAAAUUUCUGGAAGAUGAAGCAGAAAUGCUCUUGUUGAACUGAAAUACGUGAAACAUUAUUCCAAGACAAAAGUAUGCAGAGACUGCAUCUCUAACACAUUUCUCCUAGCACCAUCGUUGUCCAUAACAGUUACUAAAAGCAGAAUUCUCCAAGUGUUUCAUACCCAAGAUCUGAGGAAGGACUUGGAACUCUGUAAUUUUUAGCAACUCCAAACUAAAAGUAAAGAUGAAAACUUUUCGUCUUGCUAAGCUUUUCUGGGGCGGGCAACGACGCUUGAUUUGCAAGGCUCACUUAAGGGAGUUAGCAACAUCGAUCACAAAGCGGUAUUUCACAUCCUUCUUAAUCAUCCUUUCAAGUGCUUCAUUACAGUAAUCGAUUGGGACAAUUUCUAUUUCCGGGUAGACUUUGUGCUCUGCACAGAACUCCAACAUUUCUUGUGUCUGCUUUGUGCCGCCAGUUACACUCCCCGUGAUUGUUCUCGCUUCUGUAAGUAGUACAGGGAUAAUCCACAUUACAAAGGAGCCCUUACAGGAAAAAUAAUGGCACAAAAUUUUCAUGAUGAUAUGAUUGUGGAAAAGGCGGUACCUGGAAUUAGGGCUACAGGGCUGAUGUUUAUUUCGCGCGGGAAGCCAACCAUCGCAAGAACACCACCAGUCUUCAAAGUUUUCAGGUAUGGAUCACAUGGAAUAUUACCAGAAGCAGUGUUAAGAACAAAGUCCAGUGACUUUGUAAGUGCCUGCCAAGACAGAAAGCAGAGGAUUCAGCAAUGAUUUCAACAAUGAACAGUUGGUUUACUUAAAUAUUCCAAACGAAACUGGAAAAGUUUAUACUUCAGAGCCUACUCACAUUCAUCUGCUGUUCAUCAGAUGAGAUCACAAAAUUAUCAGCACCUAGAUGAGUCAUUGCCUCUUCUUUUUUCGAUUCGCUAGUGCUGAACACAGUGACUUUCAAACCAAAAGCUUUCCCAAAUUUCACAGCCAAAUGUCCCAGACCACCUAAUCCGAUGACACCCAAAGAUUUCCCAGGUCGUUUCAUGUUGUGUCGCAUCAUCGGUGAAUAAACAGUAAUUCCAGCACACAACAAUGGUGCUGCCAACUCCAUUGGAUAACUUUCAGGAAUUGUGUAGCAGAAUCU